GCGUUUCCUGAGGGCCCGCUAAGGGCGCUGCGGCCGCGUUGCCCGCGGGGCGGGGUCGGGGGGACAGCCUGCUCCGUACUGAACAAACCGGGCUCGCUCUGGGGAGCGGGACGGUUCCCUUUCGCUCCUCUGAAGCCGCAAGUUGUUUCCAGUGUCUGUUUUACUCACAGAACAUGGUCCUAAGUUUUGUGAGGCUCCUGAAUUGCCUUUUAAUUCCCCAGGCCUGAAUUCUCUCGAGUGCGGAUAACAAUUUACCCCUUAAGGUACAUCGCAGUGAGAGGAGUCCGACCUGCACCUCUUCGCUGUGAACAAACCCACCACACAGUAGCGCUGCCCGCGCCAGGUGAAACACUUGCAUAAGCCUCUGUCAUAGCGAACGUGCUCCCUAUGACACGGUGCCUGUUUUUUCUCCAGUUCUUUAUAUUCCCUUUUGGCUCUUGAUAAGCACUAGUUUGUGAUCCCAGGUAGCAGCCUUCAGUUUAUCAUAAUCGCUACUUUUGAUCAUUUUGUUACCACAGCUAAUUAUUUUCUCCUAGCUUUACUUUUUGCCGGUGCUAUUUAGAUAGUCUCAGAAUAAUGUAAACUUAUUAAAGCGAUGAGAAUUACUCUGAAAUAAUUAAUUACUGCCUUCCCCCCACCGGACCCAAAGCAAAGGCUGAGGAACUAAUUUGAUCAUGUGAAGGCCAAACCUUGGUUCUACAAUAUCAAAACAGGACAAAAAAGAUUGUGGAUUUGUUGCCGUUUUUUAAACAUCCUUUGUAAACAUGACUCCUCUAGUAUCUCUAAGAAAGAUAAUCAGCAGCAUAAGAAUCAGCAGGAAAAUCUUGAAAACUAUUAUCAGGAGGCCUUCAACAUGUAGACUAAGAGAGGUUACUUUACUGAAACAAGGCCAGGAUAUAACUUCAAACAUUAUAUUGACAAAGUUUUUGGAGAACCAAAGUGUGCCUGAGUGGUUCUGUCUGAAGAAGAGUUCAGCCGGAGCAGAUGCAUCGUAUCCCAGUGGAUAGAUAACAUGGCUCAACCAAGUGGUUGGUACUAAAAUGAUAUGGGUGGCAGUCAUUGGUGAUUGGUUCAACCUCAUAUUUAAAUGGAUUUUAUUUGGCCAUCGCCCAUACUGGUGGGUGCAAGAAACAAUGAUUUAUCCUAAUCAAUCAAGCCCAUGCCUUGAACAGUUUCCUAUAACGUGUGAAACUGGACCAGGAAGCCCAUCUGGACAUGCCAUGGGAUCAUCCUGCGUCUGGUAUGUAAUGGUCACUGCAGCACUUAGCUACACAGUUAGAUGGAAAGAUAAAUUAGCUGUUACCCUUCACAGACUGACAUGGUCAUUCCUCUGGAGUGUUUUUUGGAUUAUCCAGAUCAGUGUGUGCAUUUCAAGAGUAUUCAUAGCAACACAUUUUCCUCAUCAAGUUAUUCUUGGAGUAUUUGCUGGCAUUCUUGUGGCAGAAGCAUUUGAGCAUACCCCUGCUAUUCAGACUGCGAGCUUGAGAAUGUACAUCAAGACAAACUUGUUUCUUUUCAUCUUUGCCCUUGGGUUUUAUCUAUCCCUCAAACUUCUUGAUAUUGACUUGUUAUGGUCUGUUCCAAAGGCCAAGAAGUGGUGUGCCAACCCAGACUGGAUAAACAUUGACACAACUCCAUUUGCUGGACUGGUGAGGAAUUUAGGGGCACUCUUUGGUUUAGGUCUUGGAAUUAAUUCUGAAAUGUUCGUCACAAGCUGCAAAGGUAAAAAUAGCUGCAAGCUAAGUUUUCGCAUAUUGUGUAUAGCUGCUUCUUUAGCUACACUGCAGCUGUAUAAUUUCAUUAAGAUACCUACUCAUACUGAGUAUUUGUUCUACAUUCUCUCCUUCUGUAAGAGUGCAGCUAUGCCUCUGACUGUAGUUGCCUUGGUUCCAUACUGUGUCCACUCGUUAAUGAAGACAACUGAAAAGAAACUUAAUUAAGUAGAGGUUCAAAAUGAUUAGCAAUGUGGGGAUGGAUAUGAGCUGUUCAAGAACCUUCCACAAAGGCAGUUUUGCUAACUCAUUUUAACCAAAGGGAUGCUACUGCAUCUUUGAUGUGCUCCUGGUAAGUAACCAGUAUAUCCAAAAUCAGUACACUCUGGAAUUACUUUGGCAGCUCAUAAAUAUUAUUAGUUGCUGAUUCCUAGAAAUAUUGCAAUCACACUGCAGUAUGGUUAGAAAUGGCCCAAUACUCUGGGUCAUAACAAAGUUUUAAAGUAUAAUCAACUAGUUUUAUUUAGCUAUAUGGUGGUCUUUAAGUUCUCUCCAUCUCUAGCUAGAUGAUGCUUCAAGCAUCAGUUGUACAUAGUGAUACUCGGUAUUUAAUGUUUUACAUAUAGAUACUGUGUGUUAAACUGCUACAUAAUGGUGUGACAGUAUCACACCACCUACCACUGGACUGUACGGCUGUACCCAGGCACUGUGAAAAAGGCCAGCAUAGUUAUAAGCAAGGCUUUACAUUUAACUUAUUGAGCUUCCUGAGCAAAACAGCUUCUGAUUAAGUCAGAUGAGAAAAAAAAAAAAAAAAAAGAAGUUUAUUUCCAUUAUACUCUGUAGAAUAUAUUUUUGCAUUACUUUGUGGGUUUUGUCAUUCUUACUUUUUCAAAGUGGUCACAUAAAUCAUGAAUGAUACAGAUCACACCUUUGAAAGCUGUCAGUGAUGAAAUUAUCUCAGUAUAUGACCUCAAGAAUAUUGUUCAUGCUCCUAUAUUGCAAAGAUAACUCUCUGCUAAUUCUCUCAGAUCAAGAGACACAAGCC